CCAACACUCUCUUUCGGGGUACCUAGGUACCUGCGGCUCUGUCUCACUGCAUACAGAUCACGAUAUUUAAGAUGGAAAGAGUCAUUCAAGACUCGGAUGAUGAGUUAGAGGAUGAGGGUCUUGAGCUUCCUCCAACCCAGGUCCCUCAUAAUACUGGCGCGUCUGGUGGCGCGGGUACUGGCUCCACAGAGUCGCUCAAGAAGGCAUUCCAAGAUGCUCAUCAUGCUCAGUUUCAAACACAGUUUGAUGAAUCGCAGACAAAAAUACAAGCAACGGAGCGAGUUCCCACUGACAUCUCUCCGUCGAACCCAAGCCCACUCAAAAGACUGAGGACUACCUCCGAUGCAUCACCUACUCCUCGUAUCCAGGGAAAUCUCACAGCUUAUGGGAGGUCGAAGUCGAGCGGUGACAGCGCUGUCGUAGACCCUAUUCACGGACAGGGGGAAUGGGCACGUGAUGGAGACCCAGCUCAAAGUGUAUGGGGUCUGGAAGGGACCAUCCGGGACGAUUAUACCCACCAUGAGCCGAUGGCUCUGUUUCCUGAGCCUUCAAGCACCAUACUGAACACGACACUCACAGAGGAACGCUUGUUGGCCGAAGUCAUGGCUCCUAGUUUCUUAGGACUCGAGCCCGCGCAUGAUCCUGAGAAUACAGAACUUCGCUAUGAGCCGAAGAAGUCUUCCAUACCCUGGUCAGACUUCCUCAAAACGCCAUCGGAGCACGCACAAUCCCGUCAUGACCAGGAGAGCCGACCUAGUCAAGGCUCGUCUCAGAGUAGGCGUGCUUCACAGAAAUCUUUCCCUGAAGAACGAAGUCCUGCUGUCUCUGGCACUGCCGCCGACCAUCCAUCUCAAACCGCCGUGUCCCCGAGUCGUACUGAUGGAAUUUCGCCUGGGUUACCGGCCGAUCGGACCCAGGGUGAAAGAGCCAAUAUGCCACAGUUAGAGGAAACACAAUCUUCAAAGCCCCAUGGACCAGAAUCUUCAAAGAAGAAGUAUACAAAGAGUUUGCCUCCGUCAACAUACGAUGAGCUGGAAGCAAUUGGGCUCCCGCAAGAACAAUACAAACCGCGUCCCAGUCGCUCCAGGUCCUCCAGAGCAGCCCUUUAUGAAUCUGCGGACUAUUCUGUGAGACCUGAAGCUGCCUCUAAGAAGAGAGCACGACGAAGCAGGACAACGGGUGCCUUGGCCGAAACAGCGGCGCUGGUGACACCUGAGAAGGUUCGACAAAUCUGUGAGAUGGGAUUCACGCCACAGAGCACCCAGAGAGCUCUCGAAGAGCACAAUGGCGAUGUGGGACAGUCGAUCAAUUGGCUCGUUGCCCACAAUGGCGAUGUCGAUGAGCUGGCAUUGCCAAAUCCACCAAGGAUCAAGCGACGAAGGAAGAAUGAAGCCAUAGACGCCAAGGCUACUGAGGAGAAGGUUCAAUCUUCAGCUGGAUAUAAUGGUUCGCGAGAGGAAAAAGGAAAGGAUGUUUUGGAUGCCUUGUCGCAAGCGGACUUGAAAACUGGUGCAGACGCUCUUCUUCACCUAGAGGCAUCAUCUAGUAAUGUCGUCGAUUUACCGGGUCGGAGAAGUCCCGCCAAGGUGGAAGUAGUUAUCCCACCGCUAGCAGCACCUACUAUCCCUGCCAGUGAGCUGGAGGGCAGUGUCGCCGCACGGAAGACCGCUCGCGGGGAGCCGAACACCGCUCCUGCGGAAGGCAAACGCGAGAAACCAUCGUCUGAUAUGCCGAGGCCGGACCAGGAUGAGCAGCAUCAAAAGGUUUCGGGCCCAGAAAAGCAGCAGAGACGAGCGCGUGGGCGCCCCAAGAAGAACCCCGUCACAGCAACAACAGCGGUGGAGCAUACGCCUACUGAGGAGAAUGCUCCAGAUGAGCCAGCACUCGUCGCAGCGGAACAGAAGCCAUUGGAACAGGGAGCUCCGCCAGUUUCCAUCCCGGAUGAUGUUGUUGAGAAUUCCAUCCUGGAUUCAAUACCUCCGACAAGCGCAGCUCCGGUUCAGUCUACAAAGACUCCUGAGAAGCAGGCAAAGCCACCGGACAGUGCCCGUUCACCCGUCAGCAAAGGGAAAGUGGCCUACAGGGUAGGAUUGAGUAAACGCGCCAGGGUAGCACCAUUAUUGAAGAUCCUGAAGAGGUGACGAGCGGAGCCUUCAAAUGCAGUGAAGGACGUCGGUGAGGUGAGGAGGAGGCAAGCCACUAUGGGUCUGGUGCAGCAUCUUUUCUUUCCCGGGUCUUAUUGCCGGUCCCCUGAAGCGACCCAAUGUCGCAGUGCCAUAACGGCCGUAUUUUAUUGAUAUCGAAAGGACGACCGAGUCACGACCGGAACGAGACAGAAGCGAAUAUAGAUACCCAAUUGCCAUUUUUGACGCUAGCAUUCCUUCGACUUACCACAAUGGGAUUCAAUAGCCUUACCCCCGUACACGUAAGUUAUGCACUGAGGGCUUGACGAGACACUCUGGGCACAACACCACGCAGGCGACGUCGUAUCACCAUUGCGGCACCAUGCUCGUACCUAGGUAGAACGGCU